ACGAAGGCGGACGUGGCAUUAAAGCAACCUACAGCGACAUGAAAAAUGCACCUAUUUUGAUUCAGGGGAAUACAAUAAAAAUCAUUUGACGCUGAGGUCAUCGCGGAUAAGGAUGUGAAACUGGAAUGUACGUAAGCUCACUCACAACAAGAUCAUCUUUCAACAAGGUACGGACGGAGGUAGAGAUAAGACUCAAUGAAAAGGACUGAGCUAUCUGGAAACGACUGGUACAUUUACAGGUGGUAGAUAGGAAAACCAGGAUAUUCUAUCAAUAGAGACUACAGCAAGCAGGUGAAGUUUAAAAAAGGCAGGUGUAUUGCAGACUCGCAAUAUUACAAAGGAAAAAAGAUGGAUACACGGACAGCUUAUUUAUUUCUUUUAGUAAUUUUUGUGAGCAGUUCUUUUGCUCAGAAUGAUACAACUGCGUCACCACAGACGACAGCGUCUGCGGGGAAUGGAACAACUACGGCGUCUCCAGCGAAUGAAACAACCACAGCGUCCGCAGAGAAUGGAACAACUACGGCGUCUCCAGUGAAUGAAACAACCACAGCGACCGCGGGGAAUGAGACUACGACGGCGUCCCCAGCGAAUGAAACAACCACGGCGUCCGCGGGAAAUGAAACAACUACAGCGUCUCCAGCGAAUGAAACAACCACGGCAUCGGCAGGGAAUGAGACUACGACGGCGUCCGCGGGGAAUGAAACAACCACGGCGUCCGCGGCGAAUGAGACAACUACGACGACGAUGGGGAACGAUACAACCACGGUGUCGCCAGGGAAUGACACAACCACGGCUCAAGCGGGGAAUGAAAGCACAACUAACGCUUCGACCUCUGAACUGCCGCCCACCACAACGGCCAUGCCAGAGAGAAACGUCGUUACCACCCCUCUAGGAAAGAUUCGCGGGAAGUUUGUGUCGCUCACUAUCAACUGGAAUGGAACAGAUACAAAUAUCCUUGGUGAAGAAUUUUUGGGUGUUAGAUAUGCCAGAACGCCAACUAGAUUCGCUGAGCCCCAAACUUUAGCCUCAUGGACGGAUAUCCAAGACGCUCUGGCAUAUGGCGCUAAUUGUCCCCAAAACAGAGACACGUAUGGCACUGUCACUACCGCAAGUCCUAUCAGCGAGUCUGAAGACUGCUUAUUUUUGAACAUUUUUGUUCCUAGCGGCGGGGUAGAAGCGUUAAAAGCAAUGAACGAAACUCUACCAGUGGUAGUGUAUCUCCAAAGUGGAGGCUACGACACCAUGCCAGCCACUUUGUAUAGUGGCAUUGUUCUUGCAGACUCUGGAAACACGAUUGUCGUAACCGUGAAUUACCGCGUGGGAGUUCUUGGUUUCCUGGCAUUGAAAAACGCUGCAGGUAGCAUUAUAGGAAACAACGGACUAAGAGACCAAUCCCUAGCCUUGGCUUGGAUUAGAGAUAAUAUUGCAAGUUUUGCUGGGGAUCCUACAAAUGUGACUCUGGUUGGGGAUUACAAAGGGGGUGCUAGUGUGGGGUUACACAUGGUUUCCUCUCAAAGUAGGGGCCUUUUCCACAGAGCAAUUUCUAUGAGCGGGGCCGUCACUGCCCCAUGGGCUUAUGCGACCACGACCACUGCUGGCGAGGAGUUCCUCCAGAGAGCAGAUUGUAAUAGAGAGAAUUACGAUACCUCCUUGGCUUGUUUGAGAGGGAAAAGUUUAAUGGAUAUUCUGAAAUACGAGAGGGAUCCCUCUUCACAGAUGAACCUUCACAGACCAGUUGUGGAUGGGACCAUUCUCGUGAAAUCUCCCGCGGAAUUGCUUCGUGACGGCGUUGCUAAGGACAUUCCAUACGUCAUAGGAUAUGGUGAAAGCGACGGUUCUUUUAUGUUGAAAUAUGUGACGGACGAAGUAGUGGAUGGAAACGUUACAAAUUAUAUGUAUAACCUUACCAAACUGAAACAAAUUCUAUCAGAUACAUAUUCUGAAUAUCUAGGUCUAAGUCAAAGUGUAAGAGCAACUGUUGAGAGUACUCUCUUCCAGUAUGACGUGGGGCCGGAGACAGACAAUGAUGAUUUAGGAACAGGAAUUGUGAAACUAUUUACAGACUUUUUCUUUAAGGCACCAACUGAGAUGACAACAGACCUAUAUUCAAAAAGUAAUGGGACGUCAGUUUUCCUGUAUAAUUUUGCCUACAGAUCUACAACACUUAACCCAACCAAGAAGUCCUUUCUCACCGCAGAAUUGCCAGAUCUACCAUAUUUUUUGUUCGGCGGAGGUUUAAUGUCAUCAGACACUUUACAAAAUCGAUCUCACAUUAUUGUUCGCCGAGCAGCUGCUUCGUCAGAUGAAAGUGACGAACAGAUUUCCCAGAACGUUAUGGGGUAUUGGUCAAAUUUUGCAGAAACAGGAAACCCCAAUACCGGUUCAAGGGAGCAGUAUACUGCAGCAAACUGGCCGAGUUAUGACAGUACAAAUAACAGCUAUCUCAAUCUUCAAGAAACACCAACCGACGCAAGAGUUGACAUGAACAACAGAAACGUACAGUUCUGGAAUAGAUAUGUCUCAACUGUUAAGCAAAAUGAACCCACCCCGACCACACCCACUACGGCUGCACCGACAGGGUUGGAUAUAGGUGCUUGCAGGCGAUACUAUGCUGCGAAGAUAGGGCCAGAGGUGUCUCCAGAGACGGCAGCCGGGGUGAUGUGGGGGAUGUUAGCCGCGGCGUUACUUCUGUUGUUGGUCUGCGUUGUUCUAGCCAUUGCCAUAGAAAGGCAACGUCGGAAGAAACAAUCAUAUAAAACACAGAAUUUUGCAUACUAAAGGUACCCGUUGUUCAUGUCGUAUGGAUGCUCGAAAAUAAUGUGAUUAAUAUCUAAAAUAGAAAUAUCAGGGAUACAAAGCCAGUGAAGGUGGUUCCUUUAUGUAUGUUGGAGUGUCUCAACAGCUCGUUUCAAAGAAAAAAAUUUAACAUUUACGAAAUUCAUGUAACAUUUUCCUGUUGUGCAAGAAUAGUACACUUUUAAUAAGAACGCUCCUCUUGUUGCCUUAGCGAUUAAUCAUUUCUGCCCGCAUAGCAAGAAUUUUGAGAACAAAGAGGGAAAAGCAGUUAAUUGUUGUUACAGCCCUUUUCAUAUGCGUCAUGUUGUUAAUCACGUCAUAUGGAGGCAACGUUACCGACAUGUAAUUAUGAUAUGAUAUUUGUACCAUUGUGGUGGGGAUAUACAGGCAUGUAACAUCAGAAUGCUCAUUUUUGUUGUACAUUUUAAUUAAAAUUGUUGUCAUAAUGACCUUAAUUGGGCAAUCAAUACUGAUUUUGGACACUUUUGGUGCCGCAUUUGUUACGUAUGUUCAAAAAAUUCAAAACUCGGUUAGCUUCUUUACCUUUAAAAAAAGAUACACAAAAACUAGAUCCCCAAAAUAGAGACACUCCAAAUGGCUUUCCUGAAAUUUCAAACGACUAAUUGUUAUGUCUUCGGCAGUCAUCUGAUCAUGGAAAGAUGGCUUCCUAGCGCCUCAGAUUACGUGACAUCAUCAAGUUGCUCUUUAAUUCCGAGCAAUGCUGGAACAACACGCGUGAGCAGAAUGAUAGCACACAGCGAUAAUCAGUCUUAUCAGUCUUAUCAGUCAGUUUGUCAGUCUUUAUUAAAGAGAAAAAGAAGAAAAUGUCAUUACAAUAGGGCCUACACAAUACUGAUGAAUGUUAAAAGUUAAUAUAAUGACUGUUGGCAAAAAAACUUACUUUCGAUAUUUUUCCUUAAAUACUAACGUCAAACAAUGUAUUUUUGCUAUCCUCGGAAAAUACUUUUUUUAAUAAGUCUAUUAUAUUUGUAACCUUCUAAGUUGCGUCGGCCAUUUUGUGUCUGCUUGAAUGUUUAAAAGAUUAGAUAGUCAAGGCAGACAGAGCUAAAUUAAUAUUUAUGAAUCUCUUUAAUUAACGUUUAAAUUUGUCCUCUUUUUGAAAGUUUUCUUUAAACUACAUUAGAUACAGCAUUUGUUUUUAAGCGAAUUUAGCGAAUGUAUGUAUGGCGUUUGUCAAAAUGCUUACAAAGUAAUUAAAUAGUGCAAUUUUUUAACUAAAGUAGGCCUAUACACAGUUUACAUAGCGUGUAAUAUAGCGUACGUCGUUAGGCGUCUAAGUGGACAAGAUUUUUCUUUCGUUUAUUUUGGAAUACCCUUGCAUGUUGUAGAGUACAGUAUUUCUGUAGAAUAAUUAAGGUAUCUGUAAGUGCAAUUUUUGUCGUCUCAUAUCCCUUUUAACUUGAAAACUUUACCAAUUACUUUCAUCUUCAUUUGACGUAUAUAAAAUGACUGUGGUCGCGACUUCUUUAUAAUGGUGAUUAACACGUCUCUAUGCUUCAUACUAGUUUAUAGGAAGGAUCUUUUUAAUUCUCUAUAAACCAAUAUGUACACUAUGUAAUAUGUCACUUGUCAUACUAGCAAAAUCAUUAAAUAGCCAUCGGUCAUCCUCAAACAAACUGAUAUUCAUGCUGAUUCAUUAAGUUUAAAUAAUACCUAUGAAUUAUGUCAGUUAUGAGUAUAACCGUUCAUGCAUUACUGUAGUUAAGGAUUGCGUUCAGGCACACACACACACACGCACACACACACACACACACGCACACACACGCACACACACACACCUUUCUAUAAUGUCAUAGGGCGCCAGAUCCGCGGAGCAAAUAUGGCUGACCCACUUAAAAGCUUGUCGCAUAAUCCCCUUAUAGACACUUAAUAGAGGGGGGGCAUUACGCGGUAAAAUUUCAAGUGGGUCGGCCAUAUUUGAUCCGCGGAUGUGUUAGUCCGUGGAUCAUCUUUUGUCGUGAAUGCAGCCAUAUUUUCAUGGUAAGAAGCUGCGAAAGUUGAAUCUACAGUGUAUUAAUUAUUUGACCCCGAUUGUCAAUCCCCAGCCGUUAAGUUAGCUUCGUUGAUUUAAUUGUUCCAAUCAUGUAGUCAACUACAGUAAUAACUGUAUCUUAUGCCUACCCUCAGGUACAUGUACAGGUAGAAAUAGGAACGUCAUAAUAAUCCGAUGGUUUAUUAAUCUGAAAGGGCUUAGGCACAAAAAGGGGAAAAUUUUAGGAGAGAUUUUCUAAAAUAAUUGGGUCAUUAGUCUGACGGCUGAUAAGGGCAAGGAUUUAUAAUGCAGACGCUUCAUAAAUUCUGACAACAUAUUUAAACAAAAUCGUCGGUGGAAAGCCUUUAAUCCUUUUUCCGAGGACCCUUUUAUUAUCUUAUGAUAAUUUUAUUGUUGAUUCAGGCCACGGAGACUGAGCAUUUUUUUUAAUUCGGACUUGUGAACCUUUGGGCUAUUCAGGGGUCCCUGUAAGUAAAUCUGAACAUGGCGUUAGUCUCAUGAUAGAGGCUUUUAAAACUGAUGUAAAUUUCUAUCAGUUUUUUUUCAUCAUUGUUCGUGUACACAUCUUCUCCAACAUCUAAGGUGAAGCAGUUCCCUAACAAAUUUCUGACAUAAGAUUUUUUAAAUAUGGAGUGGUAGAUAAAAAUCCACACAACCGUUAGGACCUUUGCUGUAAUACGUCAGCAGACGAUUGUCUCCAAAGAAGAGAUUAACAAUAGGAUUUGUAUGCAAAAAGUAACAAAAAUAAGGAUAUAUGUGGUAUUGUGGUUGUAACGGUUAAAAUUCCCUGUUAGCAACGGGGAUCCGGAGUUACAUGCAUUAAGACCUUCCUUUCACCGAGUAGUAGUUGAAAAUGCAGAAUAUACCGGUGUUAUGUUCCGGGAAAUUAGUCAUCGUUUGCUAGAUUGGCCAAUGAAACUGUAAAUAAUGAAGGUGUUUACAGAUAAAUGUUUUCAUAAACACAGAAUAUGCAGGCAUAUUGAAUAGUUCAAUAGUUAGAAGGUUGCCAAUAUUAAUCUGCAGGGCCUACUUUUACCUGCGUAAUUUCAAAUAUGAAUGUCCUAUUUUCUAUAUGACUCUGGUGGUGAUAAUGCGGACUGGAUUGCGUGUGAAAUUAGACAUGUGUUAGAGUAGAAAAUUAGCGCAACCCUGGUCUAAGUGCCUAUAUUGUACAGUACCAGGUUAAUUUAUCAUAACAAGUCCCAGAUAUGGUAGCAAGAAAAAUGAAAUCUUCGUCCAUGUAUGACUACGCAAGACUAAACUAAAAGAUCCUAACAAAUCCGAAUUUUUAUUUGCAGGUGGUGGAUUAAUUGUGUUAAUAAGAAGCAGAGAUAGUUUGGAUUUUAGAUUGAAUUAGCAAAACACUGCUAAGAUAAAAUACACUUAUUAAUAGUAUAGAUUAUUUUAUAGAGAGUAGACGAUAUUUACGAAUGAAAUCCGUUUUGUUCCCUUGCUGUAACAUGAACGUACCACUGUAUUCUAUUGCCGCAUUCGACUCACAAAAGCACAAGUUCUCGCAAAAAUGGAUUUUUUAAUCUCAAAAUCCUCUAUCUAUGUCAUUGACCUGUUGCAUGUUUUAAUUUAUGACUAUAAAGGGAAAUCAAUAAACUAUCUAUUUAUUGUACCUUAAACCUGUAGGUAUCGAAGAAGUCUGCUUUCACAUUCAAAGACCUGAUAUUGUCAUGACCGUUAUGUUUUGCAACAAUACGUCUAUAACUUUUUAUAUUUACUGAUAUUGAGAAUGUACAUACUGCAUGUGUGUUACUGCAUCUAAUCAAGACAUGAUAGUUCAGAUAGCACAUUGACAAAGAGUGUAGAUAAUUUAUCGUUCAAACAAUCAUUUAAUCUGAACAACUGAUUUAUUUUAUGGAUCAAAAAGAAAUAGUGUAGAGAUCGGGAUUUGCGUUCCUGUCAGCACCCUUUGAUAAAGAAGAAUAAUUGUAAAUAAAAUUUGCUGAUGAAAAUUAAACACAGCAUCGGCACUGUGAAAACCAGGAAGGAAAAUUGUGAAAUUUUUACAAAUGGAAUAAUAAAUUAUCAUCUGGAUUACAUGCUAUAUUGCUGAUAUCGCGUAUUUAAGUGAUAGAAAAUUUAAUAUGAAAAUAAUUUAUUCAGUGAUGAUUUCAUUGCCUUUUCUUGCACAUCAAGUUUGUUCGGAAAUUCUUGGAUGAUUCCAUGACGCAUGCUGAUAUUGAACGAAAUCUGCUCUUUUAAGAAUAAGUCAUGUAAACUAGAACAGUUAGAAUUAUCUUCCCCGGUGAUUGACAUGAUGUGAAAUUUUACAAUUAAGUAAUUAUUUAUAUAUUUUUUGUGUUAAGUAAGGGGAUGGAUUUCUGAAAUAAAGAAUACAAAAUAUCAA